GGGGCUGAGGUAGGGACCGAGCUGGCCCACAAGCCCUCUCUGUUCUGUGACAUGUCUCUGUUUCCUGUUUCUCCCCCAUCAGGGGCAGUUUCAGUCUCAACUUCAAAAGAACAAACACGCACUCAAAACAAAGGAAGACGGUCCUCAGCUGCAGAGGAAGCAGGAAGCUGUCGGCCCAGCUCUGAGCCCAGCUGCUGGAGCCCGGAGCAGCGGCAUGGAGUCCGUGGCCCUGUACAGCUUUCAGGCCACAGAGAGCGACGAGCUGGCCUUCAACAAGGGAGACACGCUCAAGAUCCUGAACAUGGAGGAUGACCAGAACUGGUACAAGGCCGAGCUCCGGGGCAUAGAGGGGUUUAUUCCCAAGAACUACAUCCGCGUCAAGCCCCACCCGUGGUACUCGGGCAGGAUUUCCCGGCAGCUGGCCGAAGAGAUUCUGAUGAAGCGGAACCAUCUGGGAGCCUUCCUGAUCCGGGAGAGCGAGAGUUCCCCAGGGGAGUUCUCCGUCUCUGUGAAGUCCCGCCCUGAGGCAGGCUGGUCCCAGAUGGCAGUGAGAUGGGGGAGCCCCUGGGCCAGCGGGCUGGGCCGGCCACUGUCUGACGCGGCCUCGGGGCCUUUCCCUAGCUAUGGAGACCAGGUGCAGCAUUUCAAGGUGCUGCGAGAGGCCUCGGGGAAGUACUUCCUAUGGGAGGAGAAGUUCAACUCCCUCAACGAGCUGGUCGACUUCUACCGCACCACCACCAUCGCCAAGAAGCGGCAGAUCUUCCUGCGAGACGAGGAGCCCCUGCUUAAGUCACCUGGGGCCUGCUUUGCCCAGGCCCAGUUUGACUUCUUGGCCCAGGAUCCCUCACAGCUCAGCUUCCGCCGUGGUGACAUCAUCGAGGUCCUGGAGCGACCAGACCCCCACUGGUGGCAGGGCCGGUCCUGUGGACGAGUUGGCUAUUUCCCACGGAGUUACGUGCAGCCCGUGCACCUGUGAGCAGCCGGGCAGCUAAUCUGGCCAAUGGGCCAUUUUCUAGGAACUGAGGUCCAGAGAGGACAUGGACACCCCCAGCCUGGUCAAACAGUCACAAGGGGCUCAGCGGACGGCCUUGGACUGAACGUGGGCUCCUAACUGCCUCCUGCCACUUCACACAAACUGGGAUGGCCCAGGUCCCCCAGCAAGGGUACCUAGCAAGGGUGGCUCUGGGGCUUCCCGGCUGGUUGCUUCCCAUUGGCUGCCAGCUGUCUGACACCACAGGGCGGAGUCUGUGAAGGCCCCACCCACCUCUUCCUUUCAAUGGCCUCAGGAAGGCUGAGGACUCCCAGGUUUCACCCACUGGAGGCUCAACCUGAGGAACCCUGGGCGUGGUGGGUGGGUUCACCUUGGGCUGACCACCCCCUGGGCCUGCCUGCCCCUCCCUCGAAAGGCCCUUCAAGUUGUAAGGGCUGUUGGGAGAUGGCUUAGCCUCGAAGGACAGACUGCUAUUGACCUAAACUCACUGGACUGACUCCAGGUGGACACCAACUCCUCAACAGCCUCAUGAUUUCAGCACCGCCCGGGGUACUGAGCACCCCGCCCCGCCACAGGGGGAGAGGCCCUGAGAGCCCGAGCAAGGGGCGGGCAGUGGGGAAGGUGGAGGCACACCCUUCUCCUAUUGGACAGAUGAACCCCAAGGCCAAGGCUUGGGCGCAGCCACACGGAGACCCUGGCUGCCCUCCCUCUUGUUUUUCUGGGCCCAGGUUCUGCCGGGACAAGCUCUCAGGAAGCUGAGAAACCUACAGGCCAGACAGAAAGUUGGGGCCAGAGUUGGAUUUUAGAAAUUCUACAGGAUCCUGAAUGGGGGAGCUGCCCAGGUGGGGCAUGGCCCCUACCUGAGAAUGGGAGGGUCCUCCAGAGAAUGUGCCAUCAUCAGGGAUAUGAGCAGGGCCUGCCCAGAGCCUGGGCAGCUUUGGGAGUGGGAAAGUCAGGUGGGACCAGGCUGAUGGUGGAGGGGACGGUGGGAAGGGAGGGAGGGUGAGGAGGCUCGAUCUGGCAUUUGGGAGCAGGUGAGUGGAGGGAGGAGUCCCUGGAGGAGGCUGCAGUCCCUUGGUGGAGGGCCUUGCUCUGGCCAUGUGGGGCUCUCCCUCCAUCCAGAGCUGGCCCAAGACCCUUAGAGCCCUGAGUGUUGGCAAAUCUCACUGCUCCUGACCCGGCCUGUGUAUUCAAAAUGAAAGCAGUAAAAGCAACAUCAGCGUGUCCAUCAGAAAUCUAAUUUUCUUUCCAA